AUGAAAGAUCUGGAUGAGUUAAAGUUCUUCCUUGGCAUUGAAUUUGCAAGAUCAAAUAAAGGCAUCUUUAUGUAUCAAAGAAAGUAUGCUCUUGAGCUAAUUGCUGAGGCAGACCUAGAAGGAGCUAAACCAGUUGGUACUCUACUAGAAUUGAACCAAAAACUUAUAACAGUAAAGUAUGAUGAGUGUAUCAAACAUAAGGAAUCAAGUGAGGAUAAGCAACUUGAAGAUCCCAGCAGCUAUCAAAGAUUGGUUGGAAGAUUAUUGUAUCUAACUAUGACCAUACCUGAUAUUGCCUUUGCAGUACAGGACAUAAUGAGCAACUCACUACCUACUGUGACUCUAACAUGGGGAGCAUGUAUAGAAACAAGAAGAUCAGUCACUAGGUACCUAGUCAAGUUUGGAAAGUCUUUGGUAUCCUGGAAGUCCAAGAAGCAGAAUACUGUCUCAAGACAGAGUCUGAGUUUAGAAGCAUGGAUGCUUAUACAGCAUAAAUCACAUGGUUGGUAG